AUGGCUGACGCCUUCGCACCGCGCUCCAUGAAGCGCAAGAACGUCAAGGGUCUCGCUCUCAAAGCGCCCGCCCCGAAACCCCCCCCGACAGCCGAGAAUGCCUCGCGCCCCGCGAAUGGCAAGGGCGAUGAUAACGCCGCGCAGCUGGAAAUCGGGAUCGAGUUCAACUUGGAUCUGAAGCCCGACGACCUCGAAAUCAUUAAGGACCUCGGCGCUGGUAAUGGCGGGACGAUUAUCCACGUCGAGGCAAAAAAGGAAAUGCGCAAACGCAUCGUUCGAGAGUUGCAAAUCAUGCACGGCUGCCAUUCCGACUACAUCGUCACCUUCUACGGCGCCUUUCUCAACGAGAACAAUGAUGUGAUUAUGUGCAUGGAGUAUAUGGAUGUUGGAUCACUCGAUCGUAUCUCAAGAGUCUUUGGGCCGGUUCGGGUGGAUGUUCUGGGCAAAAUCGCUGAGGCAACGCUGGGUGGUCUCACCUACCUCUACUCAAAACACCACAUCAUGCACCGUGACAUCAAGCCGUCUAAUAUUCUCGUCAACUCUCGGGGUUCUAUCAAACUCUGCGACUUUGGAGUGUCGGGGGAGCUUAUCAACUCUGUUGCCGACACGUUCGUGGGCACAUCCACGUACAUGGCCCCUGAAAGAAUUCAGGGCGAGAGAUACACAGUGAAGUCGGACGUGUGGAGCUUCGGUCUAAGCAUCAUGGAGCUGGCAAUCGGCAAAUUCCCGUUCGCAGCGAGCGAGCAAUUAUCGGAUGCAGAAAGUGCACCCGCCGGUAUUCUCGAUUUGCUCCAGCAAAUCGUUCAUGAGCCGGCGCCUCAACUUCCCAAGAGUGAUGCUUUCCCUCAGAUUCUUGAGGACAUGAUCCAGAGGUGUCUUUACAAGGAACCCGAGCGGCGGCCAACACCACAAGAUCUUUUUGACCGAGACCUGUUCGUACAGGCUGCCAAGAGGACCCCCGUUGACCUGAGAGAAUGGGCCUGCGGCUUAAUGGACCGAGACAACCGCAAAUCUCACCUAGCGCCCCAGCUUUCACCGGCGACUCAAGAUCUUCUGCGUGCGAGUGACUCGCCAACAUUUGCACAGCAGACACCGACUUCAUCGUACCGAAACGACCCGCGUCAAGCGGCCGACCACACCAAUUUGGCCGCCCAAGUCGAUCGUCUGUAUAUUCGGGAAUGGGAUCAGGAAUAA